GUUUAUCGCUGUUUAGUUUAGUAGAUUAUACAGGAUCAUUAGUGAAGCAUUCAAUUAAAAAGAAGCCAACAUGUCGACGACUCUGCCUAUCAUCGACAUGAAGAAGGCUUACACUGAGCGACAGAAGCUCGCCAAUCAAGUGGUCCAAGGGUUAGAAAAUGAAGGAUUCCUAUUUAUUGAUAAUGUGGAUAAACUGGAUUACGAUGGGCUAUUUAAAGCUUGCAAAUGGUUUUUCGACAAACCAAUUGAUUUUAAACGGACUGUGAUGAGAAACUUUUGGAAUCCAGCGAACAAGAAUGUUUAUAGAGGGUAUUUCCCCGUGCAAGAAGGCGAGCCAAGCCGAAAAGAAGGUUUCGAGUUCGCUAGAGACGUGCGCGAAGAUGAUUCCACUAUUGCGAAAAACAACUGGUUCUAUGAAAAAUCCCCCUGGCCUGAAGAAGACGGCUCAUUUCCAUUCAAAGCUUUUAUGCAGGAACAUUAUGAGAUUCUGCAUAACACCGCCAUAGAAAUCCUUCGCCUCGCAGCUAUUGGGUUAGGAAUUGAUGAAAACUCGUUCGAUUCGAUCUUCGCUGAUAGGCCUUGUACGACCUUUAGAAUCAUGCACUAUCCUCCCUGGGAAGGCGAACCACCAUCAAACGCUGUGAUUGAAGACGGGAAAGUGCUUAUUACUCCAGAACACACCGACACUAACUUCCUGACACUACUUACACGCUUUAACUACGGAGGACUAGAGAUCAAGAACAUGAACGGUGAGUGGGUUGGGGUUGAUCCGAGACCUGGAUCCCUGGUCAUGAAUAUUGGAGAUACCUUCUCUCGUAUGAUGGGCGGGAGGUUUAAGGCGACCAAGCACCGCGUUAUCGACAUCAAGCAAGAUCGUUACGCCGUACCGUUCUUUUUUACGCCCAGCUACGACGGAGAUAUCGGGAUCAACUUUAUGUCAAAAGCUACCGGUCAAGGUCCGGACCACAAGUCUGAGCGAUAUGGCCCCUGGGUUCUCAAUGUGAUCAAAUACCAGAAGAAAUAUUUCGAAUAUCGAGUUCUUCCUGACAUCGAACCUGUUGCCUAAGCGUUAUCGAUAUUUGUUUAAGUUUAAACGAAAGUGCUCUGAUACAUCUGCAUUUAAUGAAGAGAAUAUAUUCUGAUUAAAAUUGACACCAAAUGAAUUAGUUAUUUUUGAAGCUUGCUGGUUGCUGUUAAAUUAACGAAGUCUGUUAUGUUUGUCAUCAAUGCUUGGCAAUGCUAAUGUUAUGUAGCUAAUAAUGAAAAUACGUCAUCAUUUAAGGUAGCAUAUUAACACUGUCACAGUAAAGAACAUUCAUUUACAUUAUUCUACGCGUAACAUAUUUAGUUACCGUUCAUUUUGAGCAGUGUAGCGAUUUGUCAGUCUAUGCGACACAAGUAAAUUCAGUUAGUAACGCAACACUUUCACAAAAAGAACAGUAUCCAAAUGCACUAAAUCAACUAACAAUACUAAGAGAAAAUAUCUUUGGGUAAGCAUUGCAUUCCUUACUAGAAUUACAAAUCAGGAAUAUCAGCUUACGGGCAUCGACGUAUGGCGGCCUGCGUACUGAAUCUAGUGCGGCCUGUGCGACCUAGUACAGCUAUCUUAUUGUAUCUGUGUCUUUGCCUUAAUGUCUAUCUACUUUUCAAAAAUGUUCCAGAUAGUUCGUUUGUCUAGCGGAUUGUUGUUAAAAAGGACUCGCUUAUGUAUUUGGAUUAAACAUAGGUUUUAACGGUAAUGCAUCUGAAAACACUUAUUGUAUCAUUAUAUCAUUCUAUGAUCGAAUUCGCAGAUAAAAAUACAAUUAUACUAUUAAGAAGUAUUUUGGUUUUCUUUGGAUGCGAACUCACGUCGGUAAAGUCAAUAAAAAGAUCAAACCGAUGCCUUCCCCACAAGGCAUGCAAGACUUGUACAAAAAAAUCAACCUCUUAAUAUCGGGCUAUGGUGCUUGAAAACAGAACAGUAAUGAUAAGCACAAUUAGACUAAACACUAGUUUAAAAGAGUUAGAUUACUCUAUUAUUGAUACUAAGGUACAAAUAAGAUAACAUUGACAAACCCAGUCUAAAAAUUACUACUGUUUGAAAUCUGUAAAUCCUAAGGACAUACAAAUGUUUUUGUUUUUGAUUUUUGUUGCGUUUUUUCUUGUUUUUUCUUAAUAAUUAAUAUUCUGACACAGUUAGCCACAAAAUUGUAUAUAUCACGUAGAGGAACCUUUCGGUUGUAUUAUUUAACCAUUGAUCAGCACAUUAUAGAAAUUAUAGAAAUAGAAAUCUAUAAAUCACCGACAUAAUUACAUUUCCAUUUUAUUCCUUAAUAUCGAUGACAGUCUUGUUAC